CUGUAAUUAAAAUUCAGACACUGUCACUAGUAGGAAGUUUCAAGUCAAAAUUAAUAGACGAAAAAUGUUUUAAAUGUAAACUAAUUGUGGGAAAUGGCAAAUGAUAUUAAAAAUAGCAACACCAAAUUGGUGUUAAUCAACGAUGGUCUGUAAUAGCUUUAUACUAACAUACAUCGUCAAUAACAAAUAUGGAUAAUUCCGACAAGAUAUUACAAACUAAUUUAAUGAUGGCAGAUAAGGCUACCGUAAAGGUUCAUCUUCCAAAUGGAGGUUUCAACGUGAUUCGGUACAGUGAUACAGUUGAAAUUAAAGGAAUAAUCCAGACUGUUACCGAACGAUUAGCACCAGGAGAAAGAUACUAUAACGGGCUUUACGCUUUAAGAUUAUCCAGGGCGUCUUUAACAGAGAUCCAUUGGCUACAUCAGGAUACCACAAUGAAACAAGUACAAGAAAAGUAUCUAACAAAACAUCCUUACUCAGAAUGGAGAUAUGAUCUGAGGAUCCGUUAUCUACCCCCUAAUCUAAAGGACUUUUAUGAAAAAGAUAAAGUUACCUUCUAUUAUUAUUACGAUCAGGUGCGAAGUGAUUACCACGCUGAGUUUCACAAAAAGAUUGAUCAAGACACUGCGAUCCAAUUGUGCUGUUUGGAGAUUCAGAAAUAUCUGAAAGACAGGCCCCAGCAUACUCAAGAGAAAAAAUUCAAUUUGGAAUAUUUGGAAAAAGAAAUAGGAAUGCAGAAGUUUCUUCCCAACGGUAUAUUGGAAAAGAUGAAAUCGAAAUCAUUGAGGAAAUCCAUACAGAUGCAACUGAAAAAAAUUUCUCAUCUUUCUGUUGUUGAAAGUGCAUUCAAAUAUUUAGAAAUUCUCAAACAUCACAUAAACUUCGACGAAGAACGAUUCAGAGUGGAUUUCGGUUCUAGUUUUACGGUUCCAGUAGAAUUGGUGAUUGGUCCGACAAUUGGAAUAUCUCAUUCAGUUGAUUCUAAGAAGAUUGCCGAUUUUGAUCAGAUCAGAGCAAUCCAGAUACUUGUAAACGAUUACAGAGCCAAUACCAAGGCUACUGUACAGUUAAAAAUAGCAGGAUCGCAAGAUUUGGUUUUUUUCUCUUGUACUAAUUUGGAGAUAGCAGAAAGUCUGGCAGAUUUAUUAGAUGGAUAUUGUAGAUUACAUUCGCAUUCCCAAAAAUCGAUUUGGAAUCAAAAAGAUACCAAAGAUUACAUUUCGCUAAAAUCGCAAUGUUCGGAUGGAGACACUUACUCCACAAGAACAAUGUUGUCUGAAGAUUACGCCGAAAUUGUAGAGGAGGGAGAUUACUCCAUACCUGCAGUUAAAAAUUAUGAACUUGUCAGAACUCAGAUAGAAUUGCAGGAUAUAUUGGGAGAGGGCCAGUUCGGUGACGUACAUAAAGGCAUAUUCAAAACAAAAGAUGGCGUUUGCAUUCCAAUUGCUGUUAAAACAUGUAAAGGAGAUGCUGAUCUUGCUACUACAGAAAAAUUCUUAGAAGAAGCUUAUAUAAUGCAGAAAUUCGAUCACCAGCACAUUAUCAAAUUGAUAGGAGUGUGUUCUGAAUCUCCGGUGUGGAUAGUGAUGGAACUGGCUAAAUUAGGAGAGUUGCGAUCUUAUUUACAAAAAAAUAAGAAUCGAUUAGACCUCUCGACACUUUUACUUUAUGCAUUCCAAUUAUCGACAGCUUUAAGUUACUUAGAAUCUAAGAAAUAUGUACACAGAGAUAUAGCUGCUAGGAACGUGCUUGUUAGUAAUGACAAGUGUGUAAAAUUGGCGGAUUUCGGUUUGUCCAGGUGGAUGGGAGACGAUCAAAGUUACUAUAAAGCCUCCAAAGGGAAAUUACCAAUUAAGUGGAUGAGUCCGGAAAGUAUUAAUUUCAGGAGAUUUACCACAGCUAGUGAUGUCUGGAUGUUCGGCGUUUGUAUCUGGGAAAUUCUAAUGUUUGGAAUCAAACCUUUCCAAGGUGUUAAAAACAACGACGUCAUAGGAAAAAUAGAGAAUGGAGAACGUUUAGCUUUACCUCCAAAUUGUCCUCCACGUUUAUAUUCUCUAAUGUCACAGUGUUGGUCGUAUGAACCCAGUAAAAGACCGAAUUUUAAAGAUAUCAAAGAAAUACUACAAGAAAUUUUAUAUGAAGAAAGAAGCGUACAACAAGAUACUUUAAGAAGAGAAAAUAGAAAAAUGGCAGCCAUGUCUUGGGGUCCUAACGAUGAUUUUCUACCACCACCAAAACCUUCUCGAUACCCCAUGCACGCAAUGGAUGUUUUGUCACUUCAAGAAGACCUUCCUCAGCCUGUAGUAUCCCAAACUUACAUAGUGGCGCAAAAUCCGGAGGUCCUGGCUCAUCUAAUGAAAGAAAACGAAUGCAGAGGCUUCAGCGCAGCAGGUUACACCACACCAGCUUCGGUAUUUAACACAGUAGCUGUAAACUUCCAAAAAAAGGAUACCAUUGAUCCUAUUCUCGUAACAGAACCAAUACCUAUCCAAAAUCUCCAGAAACUCGAUCCAGAGGUUCCCGAAACUCCCGAAUCCGAUAAAAAAAUUUGUACAAUCGAAAGAACGUCGUCGCGUUCCAGUACGAGUAGCAAUACUCCAAAAACGGGAUCGUUGGAAAGGAAUUUAUCAGGAGGAUCUCCCCAAUUGGGGAAUACAUUGGAACGUAAUACGAUUCCGCAAAGCGUUUCGGGCGUUUUUAGUCCCAAGCUCGGUUCUUUGGAAAGAAAAUCGCACAAUACUUCAUCGAGAAUGGGAUCGUUGGAACGUCAACAAAAAUUCCCGUCUCGAAUGGGAUCUCUGGAUCGAAACACCCAUUUACAAACCUGUAGUUACGAUAUUAGUAAAAUCCCCGGUUUUCAUCAGUUUAAUGAUAAGGGAGGUCAAUAUUCAGAAGAAAAUAUAUACGAUUUCGGCGGGGCGGAUGUAAAAAGUUGCGCUCACAAACAGCAAUUUUUCGUGCAAAAAUAUGCGUCUCAGUGUAUUCCAUCCACUUACGAAGAUCAAAUGCUAUCAGAAGAAAGUAAAUACGAAAAUUCAGUUCCCUUCGACAUUGAACUGAGAAAAAAACUCAAACAACAGCAAGAAGAAUCCGAAGAGGAUUCCAAAUGGUUAUCGGAAUCCGAAACACAUUUGAAAAGGCUGAGUAUGAAUCAAGAACAAGAUACUACGGAAAAUCGACCUAUUAGUUACCUGAAUUUUGAGGAUUGUGAAAGAAGCAACGGAGCUUUACAUGUAGAUUUACACAGCAGUACGGAUUCAGUAAAUAGCCAGAUGCUUAAUGAGAAUAAAGACUCCUUGUCUCAAUGUGAAUCAUCCGUAAACGAAAAGGAUAAAAAGGAAUUGACUCAAAACCCGACGGCGAAUCUCGAUCGUACCCACGACCGUGUGUACGAAUGUACAACUGAUGUAGUCAGGGCCGUAAUGACCCUAUCGCAGGGCGUCCAACAAGCGGCCGCCGAUGAUUAUUUGGAUCUAGUCAAAAAAGUCGGAAUAGAACUUCGAUCUCUACUCAGUAGCGUUGAUAAUAUCGUAUCGUAUUUCCCAACAAUAGUCCAAAGGGAAGUCGAAAUGGCCCAUAAAGUUUUAUCAAAAGAUAUGGCCGAAUUGGUUAACGCUAUGAAAUUAGCGCAACAGUACAGCAGUACUACUUUAGAUGCCGAAUACAGAAAAGGUAUGCUAGGUGCAGCUCACAUCCUAGCUAUGGAUUCCAAAAAUCUACUAGACGUCGUUGAUUCUAUAAGACUGCGACAUCCUCAAAUUAGUUCACAAAUAUUCAAACCAGAAGAAACUUCUUCCGAUUGUGAGAAAAAUCCCAUAAUAGAAGAUGAAGAAAAGUGUGAUAGUAUGCAGCUUUAUUCUAGUUCGCCUACUCCUAUAUCUUGUACUCCCCUGUAUACAGAUAACCAAUCGACUUCGUGUUCUGAUAAAAUUUUGAAUAAUUAAUUGAAAUUAAUUAUCGAAUGGUAUUAAUACAAAUAAUGUUUGCUUUUGAAAUUAAAUAUCGUUAGAUAGGACCGAAGAGUUUUAUAGAAACUAGAUUUGUUUUGUGAUUUAGCUUUAAUUAAAUCCGUCUUCCUUUCUGAAAAUGUUGGAUAAAUACUCAAUUAAGUUGAUAGAUUACAACAUCGAAGCAUUUCGUUGUAAGUUUCGGUGAAAAAUUUGAGUUCUGGUCACUAGAAAACUGACACGAUUAUCGUAUCAAAUAGAGCUGUUUUCUCAGUGUGUUUUGGUCAUCUUUUCCUAUGAAUUGUCAUUAUAUGAUCCCGAUUUUAAAUCAACUUAUAUUUUAAUCUAUAUCUAUUAUGUAUUGUGUUUAGUUGUAUAAAAGUGUAUAGGACGAGGUUUGUGUUUGAUAAAAUUGAUAAUUAUUAAAAAUAUUGAAAUAAUUUAACCCCAGCUAUGUAGAAAACAUUGACGAACCACUAAAGAAGAAGAAGACAACAGUGGAGUUUGACAAUUACUAGUUAUCAAAUUAAAAAAAAAAUAUUUAAAUACAAAAUAAAGAGCGAGUUAAUAUUUAUAAAUAAAUGAUGUCUCAUUGUAAUACUUGUUUAUCAUAAAUAAAUUGGUUCAUAACUAA